UCAUAUCCGUGCUUAUAGUGAGCCGCGCGCCGCACCGUGUAGCUCAGAGGUGAUGGGAGCGACGGGCUCGUGGAGUAGUGGACAGUAAACACCUGCUGCCGCGACAGAGCGACCGCCUUUCAAAUUAAACUUCCGCUUCAGGACCAGAGGAUGGAGAACGGAGUGGGUGGAGCUGGAGGCCCGUCGGAGGGCGGGGCCCAGGGCGGGGGCCAGGGCGGGGCCCAAGAGGUGGUGGACGCGGACGCCCUGUGGGAGAAGGUGGAGGGUAAACGCCACGAGCUGACGCGGGCCAUCUCCCCGGGGAAGCUGACGCCGUACCUGAGGCAGUGCAGGGUGCUGGACGAGCAGGACGAAGACGAGAUCCUCAACUCCAUGCUGCUGCCCUCCAAGGCCAACCGAACCAGCCGACUGCUGGACAUUCUCCACACAAAGGGCGAGCGAGGGGUGGUGUCGUUCCUGGAGAGCCUGGAGUUCCACUACCCAGAGCUGUACAAGAGGGUGACGGGCAAGGAGCCCACACCCCGCUUCUCCACCAUCGUAGUGGAGGAGGGCCAGGAGGGGCUGACCCAGUUCCUGAUGAACGAGGUGGUGAAGCUGCAGCACCAGACCCGGGCCAAGACCCUGCAGGAGCUGGAGCUCAACCGCAAGAACUGCACCCUGGAGGACGAGCAGAAGAAGCUGCGGCUGGCCAACCAGGAGCUGCAGGCCUUCCAGCAGAGGUGCAACAAGAUGCGCGAGGAGAGGAACAGCUACAACGACGAGCUCCUGCGGGUGAAGGACGAGAACUACAAGCUGGCCAUGAGGUACGCCACUCUGAGCGAGGAGCGCAACAUGGCCGUCAUGAGGAGCCGCGACCUGCAGCUGGAGAUCGACCAGCUGAAGCACCGCCUCAACAAGGUGGAGGAGGAGUGUAAGAUGGAGCGCAGGCAGAGCCUGAAGCUGAAGAACGACAUCGAGAACCGGCCCAAACGAGAACACGUGUUCGACCUGCAGCGCGAGAACGAGGUUCUGAAGAUCAAACUGCAGGAGCUGCAGUCCAGCAUACUGCCUGGGCCGCUGCCUGCGUCGGAUAAGGCCAUCAUGGACAUCCUGGAGCACGACCGGCAGGAGGCCCUGGAGGACCGGCAGGACCUGGUGAACCGCCUCUACAGCCUCCACGAGGAGGUGCGGCAGGCCGAGGAGCUCCGCGACAAGUACUUGGAGGAGAAGGAGGACCUGGAGCUGAAGUGCUCCACGCUGCAGAAGGACUGUGAGAUGUACCGCAACCGCAUGAACACCAUCGUCAUCCAGCUGGACGAGGUGGAGAAGGAGAGGGACCAGGCCUUCCGGGCGCGGGACGAGGCCCAGCACCACUCCUCCCAGAGUCUCGCCAACAAGGACAAAUACCGGAAGCAGAUCCGGGAGCUGGAGGAGCGGAGCGACGAGCUGGUGAUCGAGAUCGUCCGCAAGGAGGCCAAGCAGCUGACCCUGGAGGCCCGCCUCCGCCGCCUGUCCAAGGACAGCCCGCUGGAGCAGAGCCUGAUGCGGGAGCAGGGCCAAUCAGAAUGCUCCAGCGACGAGAACCAGGAAGAGACCAAGAGCAGGUUCUUCCUCCAGGAAGAGUCCCCCCUGAGAAGGAGGCUGAACGUCAAAGCUUUAGGGAACCGGGUCAAGUCUCCGGUGUUCUCCACCAAGGUCCUGGACCUGCAGCGCCACUCUGAGGCCCACCGCCUCGCAGGACAACCAGCGGGCGGCGGGGGGGAAUGUCCGGAGGUCCCGCCCAGCGCCCCGUACCCCCCCUCCUCCACGGUGGGCGGCCCGGCCUCGCCCGUCUACCCCCCGCCCCCCCCGGACCACGGCCCCCUCAUGGCCCCCUCCCCCCUGCCCCCCUCCGGGGCCCCUGGGGAGGCCCCCGGCUGGAGCAACACGAGGAACCGUAACUUCAGCAUCCUGUCCACGGUGCCGGUGCCCCCGGAGAAGGCCUCACUGUGCCGCCGCCAGCGGGAGAAGGACACGGAGUUCUGCCCCCGCAACUUCUCUGACCUUGAUAGUGACAACAUGGAAACGGAAUAUGGUAAAGAAGAUACCCAUGAAUUAAGAUGUCGUGCCAAUGGGCAAUUCAUCUGCUGUUUUAGGCUUGUCUCUCCACAGGGUAGGCACUGCCUGCUGGAGGCGGAGCUGAGCUGUGUGAAGGACCUCCUAAGGAGAGAGAUCUACCCCAUCAUCAUCUUCAUCAAGAUCUGCGAGCGCAACGUGAAGCGGUUACGGAAGCUCCCGCUGCGCCUGGAGUCGGAGGAGGACUUUGUGCGUAUGUGCCGGAUCCGGGAGAAGGAGCUGGAGGGCGUGGCCUGUCUGUACUCCACGGUGGAGCCCGACGCCUGGGCGGGGCCUGACGACCUGGUCAGAGUCGUCAAGGAAAGGAUCCAGGAGGAGCAGAGGAAGGUGGUCUGGGUGGAGCAGGACCUCCUCUGAGGGGCCCCUGACCCCCGCAUGCCCCAAGGAACGCCCACGCACCCGAGCAUGCACAGACGCAUACACACGGACACACAGACUCACACAAAUGAUAUGCUAAACAACGUGUAACAUACCGGCUUUUCCCUGUACAUCGUGUUAAUCCCAAUCUCCUACUUAUCCAUUGUCCUGUCUCCAAACAAUGGCAUGCAUUCCUUGUAAAUGUGUCCUAUUUAAGUAAUUUAUUACUAAUAAAGAACAAGAAAAAGCCUCUUGGUGUCCCUUUAAACGUAAUUUUUAACUUGUCAAUGUGAUCUCCAAAUCGCAAUGUGGUAGAUUAGUGUCUAGCGACCUUUUGUGGCUGUAAUGAAUACUGCACCUGUCGAAUACAAUGAUCAGAAAAAUGUGAGCACUAAAUGUAAACUUGGAUGAUUGGUAAUAAAUAAAAUAAAAAUCUUAUUAAAAAUCA